AUGCCACCUAAGUUCGAUCCAAACGAAAUUAAAAUCGUAAACUUAAGAUGCGUUGGAGGAGAAGUGGGUGCUACUUCAUCUUUGGCUCCCAAAAUUGGUCCUCUUGGUCUCUCUCCUAAAAAGGUUGGUGAUGACAUUGCUAAAGCAACAAGUGACUGGAAGGGCUUAAAGAUAACUGUGCAGUUAAUAGUACAGAAUAGGCAAGCACAGAUAUCUGUUGUUCCAUCUGCUGCAGCCCUCAUAAUCAGAGCUCUAAAGGAACCUCCUCGUGAUAGAAAGAAGCAGAAAAACAUUAAACAUAGUGGCAACAUAACACUUGAAGAUGUCAUUGGAAUUGCCAAGAUUAUGAGGCCAAGGUCAAUGGCCAGAGAAUUGUCCGGUACAGUUAAAGAGAUUCUUGGUACAGCACAGUCUGUUGGUUGCACCAUUGAUGGCAGACCACCGCAUGACCUUAUUGAUGACAUCAAUAGUGGAGAAUUGACCAUUGAUGAA